AUGAAGAGGCACCAACGCCAACGCGCCUUCAUCACAAGGGCCAAGGCCGACACGCUCCCAGGCUUGCCAAAGCACGGAUCGACGACGAUCUACGCCCACGUCAACAACCACAUCCAGCCACAACAUCACAGCGUCCUCUUUGUCCUCUUCCUCGCGGAUCGCCUGUCCAUCUCUCCUUUUCGUCUCGUCCUCGCCGCCAUGGCUGCCCUUGGCGAUGAUCUCCUGAGCACCGUCAACAAGCUGCAGGAUUUGGUCUUCAACACCAUCGGCAGCGACUCCCUCGACCUGCCGCAGAUCGUCGUCGUCGGUUCUCAAUCGGCUGGCAAAUCAUCGGUCCUCGAGAACAUUGUUGGCCGAGAUUUUCUUCCCCGUGGAAGCGGCAUCUGCACCAGGCGGCCUCUAAUACUCCAGCUCAUCAACGUACCGGAGGACGAAGCCUCAUCUGCGGGUUUCUCCCAUGACGCCUACCGAUCGCCCGCCGCCGCCGCCGCACAACGGUACGAGUGGGCUGAGUUCCACCACAUUCCCAAUCGAAGAUUCACCGAUUUUUCCGACGUCAAGCGCGAGAUCGAAAACGAGACGUCUCGGGUCGCCGGUGCGAACAAGGGCAUCAACAGGCAGCCCAUCAACCUCAAGAUCUUCUCCCCCAGCGUCUUGAAUUUGACCCUCGUCGACCUUCCUGGCUUGACAAAGGUACCCAUCGGUGACCAGCCGAGCGACAUUGAGAAGCAGACGAGGAACCUCAUCUCGGAAUACAUCGCCAAGCCCAACAGUCUGAUCCUCGCCGUCUCGCCUGCCAAUGUUGACAUUGUCAAUUCGGAGGCCUUGAAACUCGCCCGCCAUGUGGACCCUCUUGGCCGAAGGACCAUCGGUGUCCUCACCAAGCUCGACCUGAUGGAUCACGGCACCAACGCCCUCGACAUCCUGUCCGGUCGCGUCUACCCUCUGAAGCUCGGCUUCAUCGGUGUCGUCAACCGGUCGCAGCAGGACAUUCAGGGCAGCAAGCCGAUGGACGAGGCGCUGCAGGCGGAGACGGACUUUUUCAAGCAUCACCCCGCCUACAGGAACAUCUCGAACCGGUGCGGCACCCAAUUCUUGGCCAAGACGCUCAACACGACGCUCAUGUCCCACAUUCGAGACCGCCUUCCCGACAUCAAGGCCCGUCUGAACACGCUCAUGGGUCAGACCCAGCAGGAUCUUGCCAGCUACGGCGACAUGCACUUCAGCGGCAAGGAGCACCGCGGCUCGCUCAUCCUGCAGCAGAUGACGCGCUUCGCAAACUCGUUCAUCUCCUCCAUCGACGGUACCUCGGCCGAGAUCUCGACCAAGGAGCUCUGUGGCGGUGCGCGCAUCUACUACAUCUUCAACUCUGUUUUCGGCAGUUCCCUCGAAACCAUCGAUCCGACCUCCAACCUGACGGCCCUGGACAUCCGCACCGCCAUCCGCAACUCCACCGGACCGCGCCCGAGCCUCUUCGUUCCGGAAAUGGCCUUUGACCUUUUGGUGAAGCCGCAGAUCAAGCUUCUGGAGAUCCCCAGUCAGCGCUGCGUCGAGCUCGUGUACGAGGAGCUCAUCAAGAUCUGCCACACCUGUGGCUCUACCGAGCUCUCCAGGUUCCCGAGGUUACAGGCCAGGCUCAUCGAGACGGUGUCGGACCUGCUCCGCGAGCGGCUCGGUCCUUGCUCCAGCUAUGUCGAGUCUCUCAUCUCCAUCCAGCGUGCGUACAUCAACACGAACCACCCCAACUUCCUCGGCGCCGCCGCAGCCAUGAGCAACGUCGUCAGCGCCAAGCAGGAGCGCGAACGCAAGCGGCUUCUCCAGGAGGAGCGCGAGCGGCGCGAGAAACGCCGGCUCAAGGAGCUCGGCCCCAACGGCACGAACCCGACCGAGGACGGCGAGGAGAGUCUCGGCGCGGAAAAGGGAGACGUCGGCGCCCGCAGGAACGGCGCAAAGGGCGCGCGAAGCCUGUCACCCGCCGUCAACGAAAACGCUCACGGCGGUCUCGCGGCCGCCGUCAACGGAAUCCGUUCACACUCUCCUUCCCGCCUCAACGGCCAACAAGGCCUAGGGGGGGCCAGGGACACGUUUCUGAACUAUUUCUUCGGGAAAGAGGGUCUCUCUCCGUCCAACCUGCCCGCGUCGUCCCCGCACGCAGCUGGCGCCAGGCACAGAGAGGCACCAGAACCCGGCUAUGCGCAUGGUCUGCGUCGGGAGGACAAGAUGGUUCUACGAUCGCCCCCGUCACGGGAUGACGAGUUCGAGCCUGUCGGGCGAAGCUACGGAUUAGCAUCCCACUUUGGCGAGUCGAACGAGCCAGCCAUGACGGACCGCGAGGCCAUGGAGACGGAGCUUAUCCGGGCCCUCAUCUCAUCCUACUUCAACAUUGUCCGCGAGUCCAUCGCCGACCAGGUUCCCAAGGCUGUCAUGCAUCUGCUCGUCAAUUUCUGCAAAGACGUGGUGCAGAAUCGUCUUGUCAGCGAGCUGUACAAGGAAGCCUUGUUCGAGGAGCUGCUGUACGAGGACGACGGCGUCAAGAAGGAACGCGAGAAGUGCGAGCUGCUGCUGCAGACGUACCGAGAGGCGGCGAAGAUUAUCGGCGAGGUACUGUAA